UGGAGAAAUAUCAAAAUAAUGGAGUUGAUGAUAAAUUGGUUGUUGUUGAUCGUUCCUUUCGUGGGUUUUGUUUUAGGGUUUGGGGUUUUGAAGAGAUUGAAUAAUUUGUAUUAUGCAUUGAAAUUAGGGAAGAAAUGGGAUGAACUUCCUCCCGGUGAUCUAUCUUGGCCACUUAUUGGUUCUACUCUAUCCUUUCUCAAAUAUUUCACUUUUGGUCCACCAGAACGUUUCAUUGGUGAAUUCUCAAGAAGAUAUGGGAAAGUUGGUAUGUACAAAACUCAUAUAUUUGGAAAACCAACUAUAAUUGUCUGCAAACCUGAAUUAUGUCGUCAAGUAUUAACGGAUGAAGCUAAGUUCAUUCCUGGUUAUCCCACAACCAUGAAAACCUUAUUUGGUAAAAAAUCACUGCAUGCAGUCACGAAGGAGGAGCAUCGGAAGCUCCGACGGCUAAUAACGACACCGAUCAGCAGCCACGCCGCACUUGAGAUGUACAUUGAUCAUAUUGAACGCACAGUGAUUAGUGGGUUGGAGGAAUGGUCAAGCAUGGAGAAGCCAUUGGAGUUGUUAACAACGAUAAAGCAACUUACCUUCAAAGUCAUUUGGAACAUUUUUAUGGGUUCAACUCCAAUAAAAAGCACUUCUAUAAGAGAAAUGGAGACUUUUAAUGAUGAUAUUGUACUUGGGUUCUUCACUAUGCCAAUCAACUUUCCUGGCUUCUCCUUCCAUAAAGCACUCCUGGCUAGAAAAGGAUUGCAUGAAAUACUUCAAUCAAUUCUGGAUGAGAAGAGAACAGUGAAGAAAAGCAAAGGGGAAAAUUGGGAAGCAAAAGAUAUGAUGGAUUUGUUGAUGGAAGUGAGAGAUGAGGAUGGUGAAGGAUUUGAUGAUGAGACCAUUACAGAGAUGAUUUUUAGUAUGCUAUUUGGAGGCCAAGAGACUUCAGCUUUCACUUCAAUGUGGGCAGUUUUGUUUCUUACAGAUAAUCCACAUAUAUUUCAAAAGGCCAAGGAAGAACAAGAAGAUAUCAUUAAAAGAAGAGCAUCGACACAAACGGGUGUAAGUCUCUCGGAGAUUAAACAAAUGAAAUUUCUUUCUCAGGUAAUAGAUGAGACGCUUGGCCUAAGUAGUAUUGCAUUUGCUACUUUCCGUGAGGCAACAGUUGACGCUGAAAUUAACGGUAAAAUAAUACCAAAGGGAUGGAAAGUCAUACUUUGGCUUCGAGAGCUUUACAUGGACGAAAAACUACAUCCUUCCCCUCUACAGUUCAAUCCUUCAAGAUGGGAUAAUUUCAUCGGAAGUCCAGGUGCUUUUACUCCCUUUGGAUUAGGAGUUAGGAUGUGCCCGGGACGUGAUCUAGCUAGAAUCGAGAUCUCAAUUUUCCUUCAUUAUUUUAUCCUCAACUACAAGGUUGAGCGACUUAAUCCUGAAUGCCAAUUGAAUUACUUGCCCAUUUCUUAUCCUACAGACAAAUGUCUGGCAAGAGUCAUGAAAGCUCCAUCAAAAACCGACUAAAAAGUGAUCCCUCAUCCUCAUGUAACCUUCUUUGGUCCAAUUAGUGUGAACUUUAUGAUUAUUGUAUUAAGCUUCUAAAUAUAUAUGACAUGUACUUGUGUGUGUAUGUAUGUGUGAAUUUUAAUUCACCCAUCAAAUAAAAUAAAUACGUUAUCAUUGUGUUAUAUAUGAUGAACAUUUAUAUUUCUCUAUAA